AUGGGGGAUGAUUCUUUUGCUUCUAUUGAUGAUGAGGAUGUCAACAAGAUCAUGCGUUAUGCAUUGAAACAAUAUUUGACCAAUUUCAUUGAGUCAAUAUUCAAGGAGCCUCAUGAUUUGGCCUCAGGGAAGAUGAUUGGUAGAGGAUGUAUGGUGGAUGGGCUUUACAUGCUAGAGAAUAAGGAUGGUCUUCAAGUCACAAAGUCUAAGAGUCAGUCUUGUAAGAGUCAGUGGCCCACUCAUAAAGGGGUAUCUUCAUUUCCCAAAGAAAGUAGUGUCCUAGAUCUACUCCAGGAUAUAGGAAAACUAGGAGUGAAGCUAGUUGAUUCCCCUAUUGAUCCUAACCACAAACUAGGUGAUUGUCAGGGUGAACCCAUCAAGGAUGUGAAACUGUCCCAGAAACUUGUAGGAAGACUGUUAUAUCUUUCUAUGACUCGACCAGACAUAACUUAUGCAGUGGGUGUUAUUAGCCAGUUCAUGCAUGCCCCUAAGACUACCCAUCUUGAAGCARCAKAAAGAGUUCUYARAUAUCUUAAGAAGUUCCCAGGUGUAGGCUUGUUGUUCCAAAAGCAUGGACAUUUGAAAGUUGAAGUGUAUACUGAUGCAGAUUGGGUAAUUGAUUAUAGUUUGCUUCAAAUCCUCACCUUCACUAGGAGAGACUUAGAUGGCAUUGCUUUCACUUUCUUCUUCAUUGGUGGUAACCGGAGGUAUGACCCAACUGUUGCAAAUGGGCACUAA